AUGGCAGCAGACAACCAGAAAGCCGAUCGUCGCAUCAUUUACUGCCUGCUGUGUGAAAAACCACAGGAAAUGCUGAUGACGCAUCUGAGCAGGGUGUGUAUGAAGAGGAACACACCUGAGGAACGGCUGGAGGAGGCCAAGAGGGCCAAGGAGUCCAGCAAGGAGUGGACGCGGCAAGCCAGAAUUUGGGACUACACGGAGAUGUGCGACCGCUACCCCCACAGGCCAUCCAGGCUGGCUCUUCUCCAGGAGCUGCGCCAAAGAGAGUUUUUUGUGGUCAACGCUCCCAACCAGGCAGACCUGGAAUCUGAAGAGCCACCCACCAGAAGAGCUGCCGUUCCCCCAGCCAGCGCUCCGUCCAAAGCAGCUGGUGGCGUCUCAGUGCUGCCACCGGCGGCGGAGGACAGCAGCUCUGAUGACUCUGAUGGCAGCUCCAUCAAUCCAGGUGACCGAACACCGAAAAGAGCUCAAGCGCGGUGGAAAAACAGCGUCCGUGUCAACAUGUUGAAGAUGGGGCUCUAUGAAAAGUUCCCUGCAGAAGAGGCCUUGUUGACUGACUUCAAGAGCUACCUGAUCAAUUCCCUGCUGAUCCCAAACUGCCAGCAGGAGGUAGACAACGUCUCCAGGAUGCUGAGAUACAUUCAGCCAAGUGGGAAUGUAGUCAGCUUGGACUUCCUGGUGAAGUCCACUGAGACCAAGGACUACCUCAACCAACUCCGGCGCGCUGAAAUGGGCCCAGCCACCAUACUGACCUACAUCAAAAACAUGAUCCGGUUUGUUCAGUAUUUGAAGACACGCCUCGACCUGGCAACAGCAGAGGCUGACAUCUACAGGAAGUGCCAAGACUACACCGACCUCCUCGUUGCCCUCAAAAAGCCAGUGGCCGAGGCCGUCAGCAAGGUCACCUGUAAGACCAGGUUUGACCGGUCCCACGAGGGUCAGAGGAGCCUUCAUGAGUGCCAGGCGGUCCUACGGAGGGCCAAGAAGGACAUGCUGUCCAUUCAUGGGAGGCUGAUGGAAGGUGACCACGUGGCUUCAGAGGACAAGACACACUUUCGCUAUUACUGUAAAGCAAUCCUGAUCCUCGGUCACUUCCAGAGACCGGGAGCGGUGGAGGGACUAACGACAGCAGAGUGGGAAGUGAGAAAAACUGUUGGGGGCAAGGUGUGCGUGGCUGUCAAGGAACACAGGGCUACGACAACGCAGAUCGCUGUGUUUGCCCUCACCAUGGAGGAGGCUGCAAUGCUGGACGCAUACUACACCUGCAUCCGUCCUGACUCCAUCUGCCCGGAUUCAGAUCAUAAAAACAAGCUGUUUGUGUCAUCAUCGGGCACGGCGACUAGGAACGUGGGCAACGACGUCGCUCGUCUGCACGCACGCUACAAACUUCCAGAAGUGAAAAGUCAGGACAUUCGUAGGGCCGUGGAGACAGAAGCGGCUGCAAAGUUCACGGAGGAGCAGAAGGCAACUGUGGCCAACUACUUGCACUGCAGGAUCAAAACCAUGGACACUGUUGUGGCCACUGCAACCCUGCUCAGCUCCCUGACAUGGUAUGUAAUCAUCUGAAAUAGU